AGUGCACCAAUAUAGUACGUGAUGAUCUAUUUGGGAUUUAACCGUUAGUGAGUCGUAUCUAUGGAAACGGCUGAUACUAACUAAGGUUGUGUGUUGCCACUGGUCGGCCAAUUUAAUUUGUUUGAUUGCUUAGUUUAUUGAAGUGCAACCUAGCUAAUUUAUCAAAGUUAACGCGGCGUUAUCUUACUAGAGAUAGAGAAUAUAUUUAGUUAGCCUAUAAGUGAAGUUUAUACAAGCAGUGACGCGUAAUCAACCAACCGUGUUAAAGCAUGGAUAUUUCCGUAUGUCAGAAUGCUGCCCUUAUCCAUGUGAACCAGUUUUGGUCCAUGCUGGAUGAUAUGGCCCAAAAUAAUCCUGACGAGUACAAGACUUUCAUCGAGCGCCAUAUGCAAGCCAGCGCCAACUGUUUUUCACCCCCUGCACCGAACAGCUGCCUCCGCGCACUUGUACAGCCACAUGAUGAGGUACUGUAUGUGAACGUGUGCGGUUGGAAGCGAGUGCCUGCACCGGCCUCUCCAACUCAACCUGUUCCUCUGUGUGGUGGAAAACUGGAGACCUUUUCUGAACGCGAAGAGAAUUACCAUAUAGUGGAGGUGGCCUUCAACCCAGAGGUUCUUCAAAGAGCAAAGAAAAACCCACAAGAAAAGGAGCAGAUACACCUUUUGGCUCUCAACUUCAUCCAGAAACAGCAUAAGCUGAGCCUGUCGCAACACUUCACUGUCAUGAAGGCCAAACUAAAGGGCACUGUACAGGAUAUGAAACACCGGCUAAUGUCACUACCACAUCAGACCAAAUCCAGUACAUUAAACCAGGAUAACCCGCAAACUAAACCAGCCCAGUAUUUGCUUCAUCAGAUCUGCUCACUACAAAUUGGAGAAGUAACAGAGGAGUACAGCAUUCAGCUGAAUCAGGGGCAGGAGGACAAAGACAAGGCCAAGCCAGGUCUGAUUGAGGUGAUCUCUAGCACUGAAUUUGUUGAACCUCAGCAGCCAAAACAUCAGAUGACAGUUUGCUCACUGAGCAGUGACUCAGUUAGGAGGAUAAAGCUGCGUGUAGAACUGCCUGGAAUAAGCUCUGUCUCCCAGUGCCAGCUCAGCAUCAGCCAGGAUGACAUACUGCUGGAAGUGGAGCAGAUGUAUUUUCUUCAUCUUCAUUUUCCUGAGCAAGUGAAAGAGGAAACGUGCCAUGCAACAUUCAACAAGAAGAAACACAUACUGACUGUUACAGCAUCUGUACAGUAAAUUCAAUAAGUAGCUUUCCAACAAACCAUCAUCUACUGUACACACUCAUUUUCACCAUGUUGUUA